UCUUUGUCGCGUUAGCUGAAGUACUCGCGGAAUGUGUCACGCUUCGAUGCUAAUACUACAUACAAUCGCUAAACACAAUUUACGGUCUUGAAAAGGCGCGUACUUAGUACACUGCCACGAGCGUUCUUUCGUCAGACGAAAGUUGUGUAGCCGCGGAACAGAUCACUUGCGGACGCGUCUUCAAUGGAAGCCCAAUAACAGGUCAAUCAGAUAGCAAUGGAAAUUUUAUAUCAAAUUUUGAAACAAUAUCUUAUGUUAUUAAUAUUUUAUAAUUUUAUUGGCUAUGCUGCACUCAGUAUUCCUGUAGAGUACAGUUCGACAUUUUCUGCAAGCAACGGCCCAGUAUUUCCAGAGCUACGGGCAUUUGCCAGCCACAGGGAAAGAAACACUAAUUUCAGCGGACAUUUCAGUGGAGAACUUUUGACAUCCUAUGCAAGCAAGCAUUUUGACGAGGAUGCCCAAGCCUGGGAUAUAUCGAAGCUUUUGUCUUAUGAAACUGUGUGGCCAAAUGGAAGAAGGAUAACGACUAAUGUGAAAGUUGACAGCCACUCAUUGCCUCAUGUGAAUGGGAACGACUUUGGACGAAUACCGGCUUUCAAUUUUACUGUUGCUAAAGAAACUGGAAAAAACCAUCGAAGAAAAAGGAACAGUAGGCGGAAGAAACGCAUGGUUUACGGCCCUGAUGAUCGAUUUUAUAUUCCAGUAUCAAUUUUUGGGAAUAUGCAACCCUAUAGUUCAUCAGUUAAAAUUUCAUCUGGUUGCACGGGGGUAGUCGUAUCGCCCCGUCACGUCCUCACUGCAGCCCAUUGUGUCCAUGACCAGAAGGAUUUUGUCGAAGGAAUUAAAGAUUUGAAGGUUGGCUUUUUGGAAUCAGGGUCAAAAACGAAUUGGAUUGAUGUACAAAAUCUGCGAAUAUCUAAAGGCUGGGUGGAUGGCGAUCGGCUAACAGGGCCGUGUUUUGAUUAUGCUCUUCUCCGUUUAAAAAGGAAGCACAACCGUCCGUUUCUCAGUCUGUCUGUGAGUCCUGACGGUGAUCGAGGUAUUGGGGAAAGGAUCUAUUUCACAAGUUUCGAAGAUGACAAACCGCAAAAUACAAUGUGGUACAGGUCUUGCAGUAUUGAAGCGGACGACAGUCACUUCAUGUACCAUUACUGUGACGCUUGGAAGGGUUCGUCUGGGUCUGGUGUUUAUGCAUGGCAAUUCAACAAAGGAACUGAAAAAUGGGGAAGGCAGCUGAUUGGCAUAUUUACAGGAAAUCGGUGGCUGGCUGAAGACGACUGGUUUUUAACUGCGAAGAAUUUCAAUGCUGCUGUUAAGAUAACACCUUCGAAAUACGUCCAACUGUGCAAAUGGAUGGGUAAAUAUGGAAAGAAACUUUGUAAUCAUUCAGAAGGUGGUAAGCUUAAUCCCAGGUCGUACUACUAGGAUUUUAUCUCGCUGCUAAUUUACAGACCAGAAUGGCUAGAGUCGUAUUUUCACAAAAAGAUUUAAGGAAUGUCGCGAUUCUUUAAAUGCCUACUGUCUAAACAAGGUCUAGAAAAAUGAACUUUCCUUGGCUUAAGAGAUAAAUAUUGGUACCUAUCCUCAAAAAACAAGGUAGAAAGGGGACAUUAUUAAAAUGCUUCACAUUUCACUUAUUUCCGUGACGUAUCACAUAUAAAAUGGCGGGCUACCGCAUUUUAUAGCGUUGGGAAGGCACCUCUCUCGUUGCUGUAUCGCGCAGUUUGGCGUGAUUGCUUACUUGAAGCUAGUUGGACAUAAACCUUUCAAAAACCCUUGGUAUUUCCUCAUAUGUCAAGGGAAGACUGCUUCCGACGCAAUAUUUGACAGUAUUAUUAGCGUAAGCCUUCCUAAUGCAAGUGUAUAGCCUUUGAAUUUUUUUAAUGCAGAUUUAAUUGUGAAUAUUAUGCCAAUCUUUAAAACGAAUUUAGGUUUUAGGGCCACAGCUGUCGUAGGUACAAUCAUGUAUUCAUGAUGUUAGUAUAAAUGGUUCAGUAUUUUAUAGGUAGACAAGUACAGAACUGAGAAAUAGUAUGGGGUUUGUUGAUAGAUGAAUCACAUUAGUCCAAAACCACUGAUCUUUUACUCAAAAUUGGUUUUUCUCUGCUUUAGUUUCGGUAUUUCUGGAAUUUGCUUAAGCCUUUCUCCAAAUGAAAUCUGUUGGUAAAAUAUGCGCACUGUGGGGGUAAAACCGAGCCGCGAAGGGGAAAUCAACCAAGCAGUAAGGACUUCUGCAGUGCGGAUUUAUUAAAAGAUGGACUUACAGUUCUUCGAAGAUCAGUAUAAUCGCUAUCAAAGAAUAUAGUUUGUAGGAUCUUAAAGCAUAAAGCAAUAGACUUUAUGAGAUGAAAGCUUAGUAGUAUGACAAGGAAGGGGAUUUAAUUGGGAAAAAUUGGCCCUAAGUUCAGCAUGUUAUGAGACACAGUUCAGCACACUGCAGGACCUCCCUUUUCCUCCUCCCUUCUUUAGUCUGGGUAAAUCUUCCAGCCUGUUCCGAGAGCACUUGUAAAAUUUAAGAAUAAAAAACUGCAAGUAUGAAAUACAACAAAAGUACAGAAAACGUAAAUUUUCUGUAAAUACGGAGAACAACUCAUAGGUUUUUUAUCUUUAAAUAAUUUUUAUCGACGUCGCAAUGACAUCAAUACCUUUGUUUGGAAAGGGGUUUUGUCUAGAAUGUAAAAGUAGCUGUAUUUUACAUGAAUUAAACUUGUAUUAUUAAUGAUACAGAUAUAUUUAUUGCAAAAAUCAGAGAUAUGUAACCAGUGGAAUGAAUUCGACAGAAAGCAAAUGAUUUGCUACGAAUGAGUUGUUUUUGUAUUGUAUCUCUUGUUAUGGGUUAAAAAUGAGUAUAAUUACCAAAGAUACUCAACAUUAUUGUCGUAAAAAAUUGCAUUCAACUUCAAAAACAUUUCUGUGCAAUAAACACAAAUUGAGAGUAUAGAUAAUUUAACUUAGACGCUCUAGAAAAUUGCCAUUUAUUGCUGAAAACAAGCGGACACAACCUACUUGCUUCGGAACCGAUAAAAUAUUUGGUGGCAAGUCCUUUGAGAAAUAAAGUUCUAGAGGAUUUUCUGCAAUUCUCUAAAACGCCCGUUGAUGAACUAUCGGCAAAAUAUUUAGCAGUAUCAUCCGUGAUUUACUAAGAUUCAAUUGUGUUGACAAUAUCAACUGAAUUGGUUUGUUUACAAGGAAAAAUGAAAAAGGGUCUAUUUUGACUUAGGCCACUGGGGUGAAAAUAUAAGCUUUCCAUUCACUUCUGGGGCAAACAGAUCUAAACAAAUGGCCGCCCAGUCUGUACGUUAAAAUACCCUGCCAUCAUGGAACUUGGAAAACUGUUUAUAAAAACUUUUUACUGUAAAUAUGCAUUGUAGAACAUAUGUAUCUGCUACUUGACGAUACUCUUGUAUUGUAUUGUCCAGUUGUUUUUAAGCAAUAUAGGUUCUUUGCAAAAUAAUGCAUUAAAAUCUUUUUUCUAGAUUUCAUUUUUCGGUU